AUGGAAUCAACGCGACCCGAUCGAACUACAUCAGCACACACAAGAAAGAAGGGGUGGAAAAUACGACGCGACAAGAAGAAUGAACAAAUAAAGCAAGCGUGCUCGUCAGCGUACUAUGUUGCACCAAACGAAUUCCAGGUUUAUCACAUUGACAAAGAAACAUCAGAAACAACUAUUGAUUAUCUAAUCGAAGCAGCACAUCAAACAAAUGCUGUUACUGUCGACACAGAUUUGCCAUUGGACGACGAUGAACCCGAUGUGUUGAUAAUCAACGUUCCAAAGUACGAGGUCAAUUCAUUCAUCCAUUCCAUUAACACCAGCGCUUAUCGGGAUCCCAACAAUCCUUGGUCGCUUCAGAAAGCAAUUGCUGUCACUUUUGGAACGUUCCUUGAUAAACGGUUACCAUUAAGUCGAUGGGCAUGUGGGCUCGAUCCGGAAUUACAAACAUGGAUGACAUAUGAGCUGAUAGGUCAAGAUGGAUGGAAUAAACAACAGGUCGAAAGCUAUGAAGCGGCGUUUGAACAAUUAAUUAGACGAUCAACAACUGCAGAACCGACAACAAUUAAAUCGGUCGAUGUCCUGGUGGAUCAUGUUCCAGAUGAUCUACUAGUCUCGACAGAUGUUUUGGCUGCUCAAGUUCUGAAUGAUCGGUCGAUCUUCACAAAAACCACAACCACACGGACAUGGAAACACAAGACACUGCACCGAACAGAACGCGAUCGCAAACGACGAAGUCAUAAAACAAGUAUCAAAAUGCGCCGUAAACGCUACACAUAUGAAGUAAUAAGAGACAUAUUUGAACGGUUUUCAAUUAGCAGCGUCAAAUCCGUAUUACGGUGGUUGAGAAUUAAAUGGGUCAACGUUCAUCUCGUUCGCCAUCGCAUGUUUCUUGGUUUGAAAGAUGAUGCAACACGCAUACAGUAUGAACAACGCCUAAGAGAUGAAUUCUUUACAGAAAAUCAUUAUCGAGCGUUGUAUCGAGUAUCAUGA